GUUACCUUGAAGCGCGGGACCUUGGGAAGGAAUGGACGAAGGCGAUGCUGUCCUGUUGGGUAUCCCAGCCAAGGACGUCCGCGUUGACGAGACAUGCCCGUACACAGCUAAGCUAGGGGGUAUCCCUGCAUGGUUUAAUGCGGCCAACUCGAUUCCCGACAGUCAACUCCACUGCCCACAAUGCCACAAUUCACUCUACUUGGUCGCUCAGAUCUACGCUCCUGUGACCACACCGCGCUCGCUGUACAUUUUUGGAUGCAAUUCCGCCAAGUGUGUCACUGUCCCCAACAGUUGGAGAGUGUUUCGAUUUCAAGUCGACGACACGGAGCAAAGCAAACCUGCUGCGCCGGAGUCAACAACUACUCAUUGUGUUGCGCCAAAUUCCUCUACUUGGGGCCGUGGCGACUCGGAUGAUGACAGCGACGACGACAAUUGGAGCAGCAUUGGAGGCUCGACGUGGGGGUCGAAUGUAACCACUGCUACAUGCGACAUCGAUUUGGAAGCGUUGCUCAACGCACGCGACAAUGCAAUUGCUCAAUCGACUAAACGAAUGCAACCUCAGCAACCCUCGGCCACCAAGGCCGAAGUUCCUUCGACCGUCGCGGGCGAGGUUGACGAACCCAUUGCGACGCGGCCCCACUUUGCCUCAAUAUUUUUGAAUGUUGACGACGAGCCUGCCGUAAGUGGCACGGAGAAGUUCACCCAUGAGACACAAUUGCUCAAUGCGUACUUGGCCGACGAAGAGAAAGAGAACGCGUCGGAAGUCGCGAGGUUGCGCAAUAUUCUCAAAAACAAGCCGUCUGACAGUCCGACGACAAGUGAUGGCGGUGUCGGGGAUCAUGCUGAGUCGUACGAACGAACACCCCUUCGCGACAAGCUCUUCCUUCGCUUCCAGAAACGCGUCAAGCGAAGUCCAAGCCAGUGCUUGCGAUACAAUUACGGUGGCGAACCGCUGUGGCCAUCGCCACCUCCAGCAAACCUUGUUGUCCCAAACUGCCAGUGCGGCGAAGCUCGUGUGUUUGAGUUGCAGGUACGCACGCCCGUUCGCUCCAGUCUGUCAGUACCACAUUGUGUUGUAGCUCAUGCCAGCUACCAAUUACUUUUUGAAAGUCGAAAAUUACGUUAAACCCGUCGACAUGACGAGCCUGUCCCGAACGGACUCACCGCAGCCGGGGAAACGUGUCUUGGACGGUGGCAUGGACUGGCAAACGAUCGCGAUCUACUCGUGUCCGGUGAGCUGUUCCUUCAGCCACGAAGAGUUUGCAUACGUCAUGCCACCUCUGGUGGAUUAAAACCCAGUUCAAAAGCAACUGCUCUACCACCGAUCGGCAAACAGCUUGAUUCCACACACCAGAGUUAGCACCGCUCGAAAAUCUUGUACAAGUUAUUCAAGCACGCGAUCGGAGUGACAGCGUCGUUCAAGCGAUGAGGUGCCACAAACGAGUUAGCCUUGCAAGCUGGAAGCAGCACGUGUUCGACAACGUGUCGCGCUUUCGUGACAUCCUCGGGGAACACAGUGUCGCUGUACCACUUGGCAAGUGUUGUGGUCACGCCGUGGAAGCACUCUUCUUCAUCCUCCCAAUUGAUCUCAUACAGGCGCAAGAUGAAUUCGGGAAGGGCGUGGAGCGGCGGCUCAUGAUUGAGGAGAAUCUGUGGGAUGCGUUUCAAUUGACCCUGGAGACAAC